CUUUCCCCCUCUCUUUCUGACUUGCAUCAGACUCUGCUCUCCCUCACUCUCUCUCCCUCACAUGUCCAAAACCAGAACCUGCAACUGCAGCACCACCACGCCAUCCCUCCUCUAGUCUCUCUUUCUCUUCCCCAUCUCACAUUUUGCAGUACAACACCCACCCCCAUCGUCCCAAUUACUUCGCCAUUGAUUGCUCACUGCGAAGUAAAGAAAAAAAAACUAAAAAAAAACCCCACUCAAUCGCCUUUCCUCCUUCCUCUUCUGCUCUCGUCUUCCUUUCCCCUGUUUUCUCCACUCACCCUACUGCUCUCCCUUUCUUUCUUUUUAUAACGAGACCCGCUAUCAGCUCCGCCCUUCCUUUCCCCUGGUUUGGUUGCUUCCCUUUUCGUCAUAUUCUGGCUCUCCCGACUAUGGAAGCUUUCACCUUGCUCAAGUACUGGCGCGGCGGAGGAGGAGCUGUCUCCCUGCCCUCUCCUUCCCCUCCUCCUCCUCCUCCUCCUCCCACUCUUCUUCCAGCCCGUCACAACACUACCACCAUUGUCACUUCCGCCUUCCCCGACGACAAUGCUGCGCCGCCGCCUUCCACCGACGAGGAUUCCAGCGCCGCCGGCGACGAUGGGCCUUACUUCGACUUGGAGUUUGCGGUUGGGGAGGUGGGAGACGAUGACGAGGAAGAGGGGCAGAGGAAGGGGGCUGAUUCCUCCGCCGAUUCUGAUUCUGACGGCGGUGGCGACGGAGAAGAGGGAGAGUUCGAUUUCACACUCUCGUCGGCUUCCAGCUGCAACGACCGUGCGGACCCCACCGGCCAGCUGGCACUUUCCCCUUCCGACGAGAUGUUCUUCAAGGGAACGUUGCUGCCAAUGAUGGAGUCUUCCGACGCCAUGAACCCUAAAUCUCAGAGGAUCCCUGUCUCCCUGCUCAAAUCCGCCACCAAAUUCAGGGUUUUCUUGCUGGGAUUCAAGAAAUCCAACAAGGAAAAAAUCCCCGGUGAACAGAAAUCGGCCGAUUCCGUUGUAGAUGUGGAUACAGCGGCGGCGGAGCAGCAGAAAGAGGAAGAAGGAAAUGGAAAUGGAAAUGGGAGGCAGGGGAAGCUUUUCACCGUCAAGUUCAAAGUCGAGGAGGUUCCAAUUGUGUCUCUGUUCACCAGAGACAACAGCAGCAAGAGCGGCAUCAAGUCGUCGCAGCAGAGUGGUAGUGUUAGCGAAAACAAUUCCGGCGACAAUACUUCCGCCGCGGCGGCGGAAGAGAGGCAGAGGUUCUCCAAGGAGGCAUUGCAGAAGUACUUGAAGAAAGUGAAGCCUCUCUACGUCCGCGUUUCGAAACGGUACGGGGAAAAGCUUGGAUUCUCUGGUCAGCUGAGUCUAGGUUCAAAUGUUGCUAAAUCCUCGGCGGCAACGGCGGAAGCGGUUGGGGUUACUCCUCCUGUUCCGGCGAUUCUGAAGGCUUCCCCGUCGAAGUCGUCCUCGUCGUCGUCGGAGAAGGUUCAGCAGGAGGCUGGAACAGUCAACUGUGUGGGUCAACAACACGUGAAGGGAGCAGCGAAACAGGGGAAUUUGCAGGCAGGGCUAAGAGUCAUGUGCAAGCACUUGGGGAAAAGCCGAUCCGCUUCUUCCGCCGUGGCGGCGGCUCCUCCUCCGCCUACGGCUGCAGCAUCGAAUCGGAGAGACGACUCGUUGCUGCAGCAGCAAGAUGGGAUUCAGAGCGCCAUUCUUCAUUGCAAGAGAUCCUUCAAUGCCUCUCGAGAUUCAGAAUAUUCAAGUUCGGCGAGCGAGUCAUCUUCGUCGCCUGAGAAAUCCGGCGAGUCGUCGGGGAAAGAUUCCGGUGGUGAUGAUGGGAAAGCAUCAAGUGGGCCGGUGGUCUGAUAAUAAUACCACAGCCUAGGAGUUCGCGUAAUCAAAUCAAUCAGUUAAAUAUGGAUAAGGAUAACUUUAAGUACAUGUUUUUUGUCUCUGUAAAUGUGCGCGGUUGUUUGAAUUAGUUGUUAAAUCUAUAGCUUUAGUGCAGUUAAUUUAGGUGAUUAAGUAAAGUGAAUAGAGAGAGUAGAGGAGGUCGGUACUGCUGUGCCGUUUGUAAUGUCAGUGGCUUAGUAAGUAGUAUUCUGGAAACCAAAUGUUUCCGGUGCAAGUUCAAGUAAACCAAAAGGCUCUCAAUCUCUUUAUGUAUGUAGCUUGUAGCAUCAUAAUUCAGUGAGGCAAGCGUGCCGAUAGAGGUUGCGAUCAACGCGUACUAACACCAUCACAAGAUGCGAU